AUGGUGAAGUCACUUUUGAAUCUGUGUCUUUCGGCAGUCUGCCAACAUGAACUAAACAGUGAGCUCAGCUUCAUUCCAGUCGAAUGUCGGCAGAAACUUCUCGAAUUCUUCUGCAGUCAUGACCAGGUGAGUCACAACUUUUCGAGUUUUGACUUUUUGACUUUCUGACCUCCAACCAUCCAGACAAGUGGGAAAACCUUUACCCCAAAGUUGUUCUCACAUCAUUUUUGCUUUGUUUGCCUGUCUGGCUCACUGAUUAUCCCCCACACACCGACAAAGAUCAGAGAUAAAUCACAAAUGAACCUGACUGUUUGCCUUUCAGCUCUCCGCUUCUGACUGCUCCAGCCUCGUUUGCUCCAAGUACUUUGGCUGCAAUAUUCCGUCGCUGACGUUCUAUCUGUCCACAGAACUCACCGACGACAUGCUCCAUCAACUGACGAACAACAAUAAAUACGUGGAGAAGAUCACGUUGGUCGACUGUCCGAACGUCAGUGAUUCCGGCGCGCAGGCCGUGACCACGGGACAGAUUCUGCUGAGACAACUCGAAUUGAGGGCCAUGCAUCAGUUGACCGACGAGUGUCUCGACAGCGUCUACAGUCCCUUCUUGUACUCUGUCGAUCUCUCCGGAUGCGGAAAGGUAACCAAUUGCAACUUUAGAUAUAUAAAGUGACCGGACAAAGAAAGAAAGAUUUGGAGCUAGCUUUUUAUUAAAUAAGAAUGAUAAGAGUAAUGAUGAUGAUAAAACUUCAGAUCACAAGCCGUGGAAUCCGUACCCUGCUCACUAAGAAUCCUACAAUCGGAUGUCUGUACUUGAACCACUGCAGAUCCCUCGAUGACCAAGUGCUCUAUGACAUUGCUCACUACGUCGGAGACCGUCUUCAUGUACACAGCACUUCUUCUCGCUCUUCCGCUCACCGUAACCUCUUUCAGGUGCUCGAACUAGACUUUCCGACCUCCCUCACGGACCCCGCUGCUGCCAUGCACUACUUGUCCUCCCAGUGUGCGAACCUCUCGCAGCUGUCCCUUGCCCGCUUCUUCCACGAGGUCUGUCAUUUGACACUCCGGCCCUUUCCUUUAUCAGAGAACAUUCAGAACCUGGAGGACGUCGAAAACACCGAGAGAUUUGUGAUUGACGGGGGGAAUCUGAAAACGUUGGAUUUGUACGGAAACUAUUUUUCUCUGUUCCCUGAACUUCCUCUGACUGUCCAGUCGAUCAGAUUGUCCGUUUCUGGAGAUGAGGACUCGCAACAACUGCUCUCCACUCUCAUGGAUCAGCCUCAUUUGAGCAGCAUCAAUCUGAUUGUCUCCAUCAGAGAAGCGAACAUUGUAAGAAAGGAACUACACGGUUCAAGACGAAACAGAUUCAAUUUCAGCAAGCGGUGGACAAUGCGAACUCGCUGAUCUGUGCGAUAAUCCCUCGUCUCGGCCCGAAGAUCAUCAAACUGCAGAUAUCAGUGCCCCGUCUUUUCGAUGAAGCCCUCCAUCUGGUCACCGAAUGCCUUCCAAAUCUCACGCAUCUCUCGCUGGAGGUCAAUCAUCUUAACACGAACAUUCUCCAGAAAUACUUUGCGGGCGGCUCUAAAUCCAGUGCUUCCAAGUUGAAAUGUCUCAAGAUCUGUCGGAUGAGAAUGACCUACCGAGUGCUGUUCGCGAUUGCUCGUGGAGCCCGUAAUCUGACAGACCUGGAAACCUCUCACAUGUCCUCCGUCGACGACAGAUUCCUCUGUUUGCUGGGCGGAAACUGUCGGCAGUUGAGAUGCUUGAACAUCAACGGCUGCCGACUGAUCAGUGACAAGGGAUUGGCUGUGCUAGCGAAGUGAGUUGUGCAAGCGAUACUGUAGUUGUAGACGUGUGCAUUCAGACGCUGUCCGCUCCGAGAAGUCCGUAUCCGUGGCACCGCGUGCACAGACAAGUCCAUCUACACACUGGCCCAGUUCUGUCCGGAACUCGAAUGGAUCUCCUACGCCGACUACUCAGGCCGUCCCAAGUUCUCCGAUGCUGCACUCCAAUGUCUCCGUGAUUCGUGUAUUCAGAAGGUGAUUUGCUGA